AUGGGCAGAAUCAAGAAGAAGGGCCAGGCCGGCGCGGCCAAGAACUACGUGACCCGUACCCAGGCUGUCAAGAAGCUUCAGCUCAGUCUGCCAGAUUUCCGAAAGCUCUGCAUCUGGAAGGGCAUCUACCCGCGCGAGCCUCGCAACCGCAAGAAGGUCUCCAAGUCCUCGACCCCCUCGACCACCUUUUACUACGCCAAGGACAUCCAGUAUCUGCUGCACGAGCCUCUGAUUCAGAAGUUCCGCGACCAGAAGGCCCUUGAGAAGAAGAUUUCCAAGGCCCUCGGUCGUGGCGAUGUGGGCGAUGCGAAGAGGCUCGAGGGAAACGCCGUGCGCACCGACAAGACGGGCAAGCCCGGCUACACCCUCGACCACGUCAUCCGUGAGCGCUACCCGACCUUCAUCGACUCCCUGCGCGACCUGGACGACUGCCUGUCCAUGCUGUUCCUCUUCGCCAACCUGCCCUCCACCUCGACCGUCCCCGCCAAGAUGAUCGCCAGGUGCGAGCGUCUGUGCCUCGAGUUCCAGCACUACCUCAUCGUCUCCAAGAGCCUCACCAAGUCCUUCCUUUCCAUCAAGGGCAUCUACUACCAGGCCAACAUCCAGGGCGAGGACGUCCUGUGGCUCGUUCCCUACAAGUUCAACCAGCGCGUUGUCGGCGACAUUGAUUUCCGCAUCAUGGGCACCUUUGUCGAGUUCUACAUGACCCUGCUCGGUUUCAUCAACUUCAGGCUCUACACCUCUGUCGGCCUCAAGUACCCCCCCAAGUUUGAUCUCAGCAAGGAUGAGCAGUCGGGCGAGCUCGGCGCCUUCAUUCUCGAGGGCCAGGGCCUCGCCAACGACGACGAGGAACAACCCCAGCAGCAGCAGCAGCAGCAGAUCGCGGAAGGCGAGACGACCGAGCACCACCCCGACCCCGAGACCCAGGCGGCCGUCAACAAGGUGGUCAAGAAGCUCAAGGGCGCCGCCGAUGUCACGGAUGAGGCCUCGAGCGACAACUCGGAAGCCGCCGAUACCAACGCCAUCGACAAGUUCGAGCCCGCCGCCCCCGGUGGUGACAUUCUCCCGCAGCCCAGCUACUCCAGCUCGGACGUCGGCAAGCUCUUCGCCCACUGCACCUUCUACCUGUCGAGGGAGACCCCGCGCGGGCCCCUCGAGUUCAUCCUGCGCGCGUUCGGCUGCAAGCGCAUCGGCUGGGACUCGGUCCUGGGCGAGGGCGCCUACACCACCGACGAGCACGACCCCUCGAUCACGCACCAGAUUGUGGACCGCCCCAUCAUCGCCGGCGUGCCCGUCGAGGCGCAGGCCGAGGACAACCAGACGGCGCAGAAGCUGGGCCCCAACCAGCGCAUCCCCGGCAGGGUCUACGUCCAGCCGCAGUGGGUGUGGGACAGCGCCAACGACGCCGAGCUCAAGCGGCCGGAUCUGUACGCGCCCGGCGCGCAGCUGCCGCCGCAUCUGAGCCCCUUUGUGCGCGCCGUGCAGGGCCAGUACGACCCGACGGUGCCGCUCGAGGAGCAGGAGACCGAGGGCGAGGUCCUUGCCGACAGCGACGAGGAGAUGGACGACGAGCAGCUCGAGGCCAUGGCCCUCGAGGCGCCCGACAUGGACGUGGCCGGGUCGGAGGAUGACUCGGACGCCGGCGCGGGCGACGACUCGUUUGGCGGCUUCGACGACGACGAGGCCGAGCACGACGAGGAGGACGACGACGACGCGGCGCAGCGGCAGCUGGAGCUCGAGGCCGAGCUGACGGGCGCCGGCGUCAAGGCCAAGACGACGUCGGCGGCCAAGGCGAAGAAGGACGCGGCGCGCAAGGCGCUGGCGAAGAGGGCAGCCGAGGAGGAGGAGGAGCACGAGCGGGCCAAGGGCAUGCUGCCCAAGAAGAAGCGCAAGCUGUACGAGCAGAUGAUGUACACCAACAACAAGAAGAGCGCCGAGGCUGAGAAGCUGCGGGCCAAGAGGAGAAAGCACGAGAAGGAGGCAGGCAAGCGGGCUUAG